GUUGGACACCCAUGUCAUAAAUAUAGUUUAAGCGUCCUUCAAUUUAUCUAUAGUUUCGUAAGUUUAAAUAAUAUUUUGAAAGGAGUAAGUACGCGAUAAAAAAGGAAAUGUAAACAUUUGGUUAUAGUUUUUAUUUAACUGCGCGCCAAUUGGUCGUUUGGUUUCGAUGUAAACAAAAAUAUAUUAAGAAAAGAAGUAGGAGCUAAACUGAAUUAAUCCUAAAGCCAAAGGCUAGAAAAAGAAAUCACAUUGAGAAGAUAUUUAUUUACUCCUCGCUAAUACAGACUUUUAAGGCAAGUAUUAAGUUAAAUGUGCAGCCCCUUUUUAAGUUGAAUGCAAGAUGGCGUUAAAAAAUUAUAGUUGAAAAUAUCGCCGUCUAGUCCUAGCAAAAGUUAAAGUACCAGUCCCGUGACUCAGUCAACUGAAUCAGAAUGAGUUACUAACUUCUUGUCUUUAAACUUUAUUAGCCUAUAAUUUAGUAACAUAGUUAAUAGUUCUCUCACCUACUCCUGUCUAGUCUAGUCAUAAUUAAUAAAGGAAAGGCGAAUUUAUAUGUCACUUUGAUGAAAAUUUCUAAACAUUAAAAAAAAUUUAAAAAUACUACAGCUGUAUAGAGCCAAUAGAAUGGUUUACGAAACGAAAUGUCUACACGUCCGGCGCGCCCGACAAGUAGUGCGCAAUAUAUACGUCCGGCGGCAUGUCAUGCUAGUAGUUUUUAUUAUUCCGAACGAAGUACAGUUUGGUAGAUCUUGCGUGGUCUAGUGGUAGAGUUAUUGCUUAAUGUUAUUAUGAUUUGAGGAUCAAUGCCGGGGAAAGGAUAGUUUUUUUCCCAUUUUAAUUAAAAAUAUUGUAUACUAUAUUUUUAUUAUCAUGUUUAUCAGCAACAGUAGUUUCAUGAGAAGUUUUUAAAUAUUUUUUAGCAAUUUAAACAAUUUAAAAUGAAAUAUUUUACUUUUAUUGGUUGUCUACUCCACACUGGCCCCUAAUUUAUUUGAUGGAUUACUGGUACAGUACACAAACUCAAAUAAAAAACAAAACAAAAAUGUUUACAAGCCACUUUCUGAAAGCAUACAUUUUUCUGAUCUGUAUUUUAUUUAUUUUAAAUUUACCUUACUUUUAGAUGGACAUUAUCUAUUUGUAUUGAAAAUUUCAUUGCAAUAGCUUUAUUAGUUUAAAAGUUAUCUAUUUAAGUGUAAAAAUAUCUCGGCCGCAGUCGCUUUUCAUGAAAUAUUUUUUCUAACGUUGCAUAAAUUUUUCUGAUCUGCAUUUUAUUUAUUUUAAAUGUGCCUUACUUUUAGAUGGACAUUAUCUGUUUGUAUUGAAAAUUUUAUAGCAAUAGCUUCAUUGGUUUAGUAAUUAUGUCAUUUUUAAAAAAAAUUAAUUUUUCGACUACUGUCGUUAUCCACGCCAUGUGCAAAUAAAAUCAAAUUUUUUCAAAUAUGAUAAGUUAAUUCACAAUUCAUGUGUUUUGUUUUGUUAAACAUUGUAUUUUAAAUGUUUCCUCCGAAUUUGAGAGCUCUAACUUUAAUAGCCAAAAAGAUACAUGCAAAAUAGUACUAAAAGAGUAAUAAUGCGAUCACAGUCUUAAAAAUUAAAUACAAAGCCGAAUAGUGGGGAAAAAUAAAUCACUAAAAAAAUUCAUAACUUUUCUCCUAUAAGUGAUAGAAAGAUUAUCUUGGUGUCAUUGGAAAGCUUUGAGCCAGCUCUUUCCAAUGAUAUGCUCUUUGUGUAUGUCAGGUGUAUUUGAAAAUUUGAGUUGGAGUGCCUAACUUUCACUUAAGUUUUUUUCUAUUAUUUGCAUUCAAGAUACUAAGUACAUUCAUUACUUGGUAGAGAAAUGGAUUUUAAAAUUAACAAUUUAAUAACAAUAGUUUUGAAUCAUUCACAGUCACGUGAUAAGGCUGACCGACAAGAUAUCUCUCGCCACUUUGUUACGGCGGUCAUGUGACUUGGUCGCCGGACAAAUAGUGCGGGAGAUAUACGUCCGGCGCGUGUAGACACUGCCUUUACGAAAACACCAAGAUCAACUUUCUAGCUCAAGUGGUUCAAAAGUUAUUAAUUUCUUUAUUACUAUUGGCUAUUGGUUUAAUUUAAUUUUUAAAAAAUGUAUUGUCAGUUAUUUUAACUUAAUUUUGUCUUUGAUUUGUGAAAAUCAUUGAAAUGCUUGUUAACUCAGUGUAGUGUAAAGAUUAGGCUAACCUUCAAUUCAAUUGAGUCAGUUAUUGUUGCAGGCCUAAACAAAAAAAACUAUGUGAAUGUGGUCUUUCCUAAACUAUGUUUAGUAAUUGUUUAGCAAAGACCACAUAAUAUUUUUUUAAUAGUAAUUUAUUAGUAAAUUGUGUAGUCUAAGUUAUAGAUUAUCAUAAUAAAAUUUAAAAAAUUAUUAGAAAGACUUAAAAUAUAGAUGACUUUGAUUAUAUGGUCGACAAAUUUUAAAUUUAGGGCUACUAGCACACAGGAAUCAUUGUCAUAGCCUUUAACUUUAAUUUCUAUCAAGUAGCCUGCCUAUUGUAUAUAGACAUAGUUAUAUAGGGACUUUUAAAGUAUACUAUAUUUAUAACCUACUUCUACUGAAUAUGUAUAUUAAGAAAUCGUGUCAGCGAGCCAUGUAGCCAAAGCUCUUAAUGCCCUCCCCAAAGCAUUCCCCUCAAGCCCAUAAAGUCCCCUAUUGGGCCACAAGUGAAACAUCAGAGAUCUAGGACGUAUUUUCACUCCAUUGAAUAGCCUUAUGGGGGCCAUCUCAGCCUAAAACAUCAGAGAUCUAGGACGUAUUUUCACUCCAUUGAAUAGCCUUAUGGGGGCCAUCUCAGCCUAAGGUUAAGGACAUCCAGUCCGUCGCGUCGGUGAUGUUGCUCUCACAACAUCAGCAAUUGACAUUCGCCACGGGUCGAGAUGGUGAAUUUACGUCCUUAUCUCCCCCUGCCAUUCCUGGGGAAGCAUAAGGCACCCUCUAAUAGGGUUUAUUAAAGUGGGUUUCUUCCUCGUAAUUAGUUCAUGAAGUAGCUGGGACGAAAUGGCUGCUUGUCUCAUUUGCCUACUGUUACUUAGACGGUUAGAACCUACUUUUAACUGAAUUAACUGCAUUUAAUCUCUAAUAAAAGUAUUGAUGUUUUACUAGCUAUGAAGGUAAUAACACCAGAAAUAUCAUGGCAUGAAAGAGAUCCCAUCUACAGUAUUGAUUUUCAGCCUGGUCAGUGGCCAAUUCAGAGGCUCGCCAGUGGAGGUGUAGACAAGAUUGUGAGGGUAAAUAAUGUUUUAAUUUUUUUAAUUGAAAUAUUAAUAAAAUAUCUUAUUUCUUUUGGUUAAAAUAUAUAGUAAGAUUUAUGCUAUUAAAAAAAAAUGUUAUAUCAUAUGAUAUUCAUCUAAAGAUUACACACUUUUCGAUAAUAUAAUAAGAAUAUGUUUCAUUUAUAUAUUAGGAUAUUCUAAUCAUGUGAACUACUAUCCAGAUAUGGCAAAUGACUUUGGACUCAGAGGGAAAGGCAAUGGUUGUCAUCCUGUCAAACCUGCGAAGACACACUGCUACAGUGAAUGUUAUUAGAUUUUCUAAAAAUGGUAUGCUCAAUAAUAAUAGUGUGUUUAGGUGAAUGUUGAUACACUUUUGGUAUAUGUGCUAGUGAAACAGUUGCUGCAAUUGCAGUUGUAGCAGUGGCAGUUACUGUCUAUUAAAAUGUGAUUUUCUGACAAUGUUAAUUUAAAAAAAAUAAGACAUCUUUUUAAGGGUUAAUUUUCCUUAUAGAUAAGAAAUAAGCGUUCAUUGUUUUUAUAAUUAUUGAAUAUGAUUCAUGCACGGCUAAAAUUUAAGCCAGUCACACAUUUACAGCCACAAAAUGUUAUUGUGUUAAGUGCUCCCUAAAGUGCCCUAAUGCUGCAUUGUUUCUAGAAAGGACAUGGUUUUAUAAAUGAUAACUUAAAAUUAGUUUAAUCUAUCCACAGGUGAACUGCUUGCCACUGCUGGAGAUGGUAACUAUUUUAUUUUGUUUUGCAUAUCAUUAAAAAAUUAGAGCUCCAUAACAGGUGUGGCAAAAGAUUAUGAUAGUUUGGCUGGAAAAGCACAGAGUUUAUGGUGUUUGUAACUGAAUCAAUAGUGCCAUGCAUUAACAAGUUGAUUUUGCAGGGCAUUAUUCUAAAUAAAUUGAAUGUAAAAUUUGUUUCUCUUUGUCUUGAAGGCUAUUCAUUUUUGAAGAUUCAUUUUUUAAAAUAAAAUUUCAAUCAUGUGAUAUAUCAAGAUCUUUCCUAAGUUACAUUAUAUAAGAAUACAAUUAAAGUUAGAAACCCCACGCAAAUUUUAUAUCAUCUCUUCAUAUUAAUUAAAAAUCUGUUAAAAACAAUUUCUGAAAUGUGAUUAGUAUUUUUAAUCCAGACACUGCUAUAGUUUUAUGGAAACUAAGUGAUGUUCCAACUCCUGCCAACAAUAUAUUUGCUGAUGAUGAAGCGGAAGAAGAUAAAGAAUCUUGGGUGUGUCAUAAAACCCUCAGGUAAUCACUCCUAUGGAAAUCUGUUUUUUUUAAAUAAAUUAUUUAUUUCUAAUUUUUUUUUUUUUAAAGCUGAAUUUUUGUGUGUGUCUUUUGACUGUUGAGCUGGAAUGUAGAAAAUUAAUCAUGUUAUGUUUUGAAUAUUGCACAAGAAAAUACUUCCAAAAUUAUUAUAAUUUACCAAUAACACCUUUUUUAACUGUAGAUUGACAAAGUAACAGCUGCAUUGUUUUAACAAUGCAUACGUUCUAGGCCUGUAUUUACCUUCAUGUGUCUAUUAGUAGUUUGACAGAUAAGCAUGAAGUAAACCAUCAUGAAAAUGAUUUGGGUCAUUAAAAAAAAAGAUAUCAAACUUAAAACAUGAAAUACAAGUUAUUUCAAAAAAUAAUUUCCCAUAUAUUCUGAAACAUCUUAAAAGAGCAGCAGCAGGUUGGGUUUUUAACUGUUUAUCAGUAUGGCCUAUAUAUUAUUGUCUUUUUCAAAUAGAUUUUUGUCUUUUUAGGUUUCAAAAAGUUUUUUUUUAUUGUUGACAGAGGACAUUUGGGAGAUGUUGCAGAUUUGUGUUGGUCAAAGGAUAAUCGCUACCUUGUAUCAGGAUCAGUUGAUAACAGUGCAAUUGUAUGGGAUGUCGUAAAAGGCAAGUGGAAUCUCUGAAAAUUAUUUAUAUAAGUUUAUAUCAAUAAGGUGGCGUAUACUACGCCUAUGACAUAGUUUCUAAGUAAUUUUUAGUUAACUUUGUUAUCUUAUAUUUUAAAAAUAAACAGUUUUCUAAUAGUACCUGUUGUGUAAUAAAAUACUUCUUCUUGCCAUCAUGAAUAAUUAAAAAUGUUUACUUUUCCUUGUUUGUCCAAUUGAUAAACUUAAUUAUGAUUAUGACAUUGAUUUUUGAAAACAUUUAAGUUAUUAUUGCUCAUUUGUUCUAUUAACACAGAUGUAAAGCUUGCCAUGUUUAGUGAACAUAAAAGUUAUGUCCAAGGAGUGGCGUUUGAUCCACUUGGAACAUAUGUCGCUACUCUUAGUGCUGACAGGUAAGUUCUCUAACAUUUAAAAUGGAAUAUUUAACCUAAAUUCUCAAAAUUUCACAUUUAAAAAAAAAAAAAAGCUAUUAAAUGAGAAACUGAAAUUGUCACAUAUUUGAAAAUUGUCCCAGCUGUGACUUUGGCUAUUAUUGGAAAUUCUAUGAUCAGACUAUGAUUUUGGUUUCAAUAUGUCAUAAAAUGUUAUUAUUACAAGAAAAAUAAAAUGUUAAAUCAAAAGCUGAUAUUUUAUGUUAAUAAUGUUAAAUUUGUUUUCAUCCUUAACAAGUGCCAUUCAUUGUAAAGAAAAAAAAAUAUUAAAAGGUGGGCUUUUACGAUUCCAAACUCAUUAUCUUCCAUUCUCAGGUCAUUAAGGCUCUACAAUGUGAACUCAAAGAAUUGUGUCAACAACGUCAGUAAAAUGGUACUCCCAUCACAUCUAACCACCAACCAGUCAUCUGCCGAUGCCUCACAAUCUGAUGCAAAACCAAAAUCAUUCAGGAUAUUCCAUGAUGAUAGUCUCAGAUCAUUUUUCAGGCGCCUUGAAUUCUCUCCAGAUGGUCAGCUGCUGAUAACACCUGCUGGUUGCAUGGAACUGGGUGAUGGAAAAGUAAUAAAUGCCUCGUUUGUAUUUGCUAGAGGGGCAUUCUCGAAGUAAGUGAAGUAACUGAUUACAUUUUGAAUCAAGACAAUACAAUUUAUUAACUGUUCUUGGUGUGUAUUAAAUACAAAUAACUUGUGUAUAAUUUGAGAAAUUAUUAUUCAAAGCUAAGUUUGGAAAUGUGAUGUAUGAGAAGUGACAAAAUGAGAUGUACAUUUAAAUAAUUAGUUAUUCUGAUAUAUGUCACAAAUAAUUUCAAAUAACUGUACAUUUCGUGUUUUCUCACUGUUACAGGCCGGCUGAAUAUCUUCCUAGCAUUGAGAAGACCACUACAGUGAUAAGAGUCAACCCACAGCUCUAUCAGUUAAGGCCUGUUGACGAUACGCAAAAUGGUGAGAGGAUUAAGACUUAUAAAGUCAUUUUACUGUUUUAUUGCUGUAAUCUGUUUUCAUUGAUAAUUAAAAAAAAGAGCAUUUACAUCUAGGUGAGUUUUUAAAUUAUUUUAUUAAUAUUUGUUUUUUCUAUGUAUGAUUAUCUUUUUAUAUCACUUUGUUUCUUGCUUUUUAUUACAAUAAGAAGCUAAGAUCUAAGAGUCUUUAAAUAUGCUUAUCUUUCAAAUUGGCAGGCUUAGAUUCUGAGGGACAGAAGGUAUGGGAGAAACACAAGUCCAUAUUUUGGUAAAUAUAAAUAAUAAGUGUAUAAGAAAUUAUUAAUUAUUUUUUUUACAUUUUAGUGUUUCUCUAGUUCUAAAGAGUUUCAUUUUCCCCAUUAUCUUUUCUUGAAUUUUAGUUUAACGUCUUAAAAAUGCUCAAUGUUUUGCAAAUGAAAUUUUCCUUAUUAUGUAACCACUUUUUAUGAGUCUAUUAUAAUUCAUAUAAAAUUCCAAGUUUUUUGUGUAUUUCUAGUUUGCCUAAAAUACCUUUUAAGUACAAUGAUCAUUUGUCUUAAUAAUUAGUAAACUAAAGUAUAUUUUGUGUUUUGAUGAUAAUUAAUUAAUUAAUAUUCUUAUUUGUUAAAACAGUCUGCCCUAUCGUAUUGUAUUUGCCAUAGCUACAGAAGACUCUGUGAUUCUUUAUGAUACACAGCAGACAAUGCCAGUUGGACUGUUAAAAAAUAUUCAUUACCAUCAAAUCAGUGAUUUAUCAUGGUAAGAACUUAAAAUUUCUAAAAAUUCUGUGCUGUUCAACAUGAAAAUAAAUUAGAAAUGAAGACAAUGUGCCCAGAUUAAGCAUACUCCCUCACUACAAUAAAUCCAGGUUAUUAAAAAGUUUAUUUGUCAAUUAUUCCUCAAAUUAAAUUUAAGAAUAACCAUGUAGACUUUAUUUUUAUCAGAAAAAUUGCGCAGAUUUAUGCGUUUUACAAAUAAACAAUGUAGCAAAAAUCUAAUGAGGAAAUACAAUUUUCUUUUGUUCUUAGCAUAAUUGUGGUUUACUUAAUUUUUCACUCUCCUUUUUUUAAAAAUCACAUCUUUUAUUAUCGUAGUUUACAAUAGAUAAAAUGUUUUAUUGUUAUUAUCUUCACACAGGACCAGUGAUGGUAAGGCUUUGAUUGUUUCAUCUACCGACGGGUUCUGUACCAUAGCCACCUUUGAUGAGGAUGAGCUUGGGAUACCUUACAGGGAGACAAUUUUAGAUCAUCAAAAAUCUCCUUCGUCCAAGGUAAAUUAAUAACCAGAUUUUAAAAGUAUCCUGUUUAAAGUAUGUUAUUAUAUUAAGCAUAUUACAUAAAAGAGCCUCUAAUUUCUAAAAAGCCAGAAAAUAAUACAUUUUGUGCCGAGUAGUGCAUGAUAUAAAUAUUAAAAGAAACUGAUGAUGGACAGUAAGCUACUACUUAUCGUUAUGAAUCAGCCUUAACUCAUUCCCUCCUGCAAUGCUACUUCCGUAUUUAAUUUAUUUGCCUGAGAAAGGGAAGUAACCCCGUUUGGAAAUUGUUUACAUUUUUUUAAAAAUGUAUUUAAGCUACUAAAUAUUAUUUAAUGUUAAUGAAUUAAGAACAAAUGCAACAAAAAAUUAAUAAGGUUUAAUAUAAAUAUAACAUUAGCGGGGAAAAAAUAAUGAACAAUGACCAAAAAAUCGAUUUUCGGCACCUCGGACGAACACAUGCUACAUAUAGACGCGCCGUACUAAAGCACACGUAGUUUUAAAGCGAAACAAGAUAAAAACUUCCGGUUUUUAAAUUAAAAUCACGCUGAACCACGCCAUCGCCGGAAGUCUCGAGGGAUGUGAGAUUUCAUUGCUAUUUUUAAAUAGAUAUGAGAGAGGUGUGUCGCUAUGCGCCGGGACGCAUUUGGACGCAUCCGGCGAAUCCCGAAAAGACGCAUUUAGUCGCAACCGUCGGGAAUGAGUUAAGUUUGGAAUAAGAAAAAAAUAAUCAAAUGCCGAGUGAAAAUCUUUGUUGUUCAGUUGACAUAAAAAUUUUAUUUUUUACAAUACCUCCACUAAAAGAAUCUUACAAGUUGAUAGCAUAUUUACUGUGAUGAAAUUCUGACUGAUAAAUUUUUGUUGGAAGCAAAUAUAAUGAUUAUCAAAUAAAUAAACAGCAGAAGUGAAAUAUAUUGUAAUCUUUGGGAUCUUAGAUCUGAAUGUUUCUGGUGCCUAUUGCACCUAUUGAAAUUUCAUUUGAAAAGUGUGUUCCGUAUUCCCCAUUAUUUUUAAUCGUUUGCAAUCAAUUUUUGCUUAUUUCAUUAUUAACAUUCAGUCUCUUUGAUUUCCAUCACGCUUGUCCUCAGGUUAUUCCCGAUGCUAUGAUGGACGUUGAUGAAGAGAAAACCCCUGUUAAAUCACAUCCGGCAUCUUCCCUGCCGUUUUCAAAAUAUUCAUCCCAAAAUACAAGGGAAGAAAAGUCAGACCAGCAGAAGUCUCCCAUUACCAAGACGACCCCAGCACAAGUAGAGAAAACAGUAGAGACUAAAAUAAAGUCACCCAAGACUAGUAAAGACACAGCCACAGUAACAAAUUUGGCUUCUGAUAGAUCAGAGUUGACAGAUGAUGUUAGCCAAUUAAAAAUUGUAGAGUCAAAUCUUGAGAAGCCAGCAGACCCCCAAGAUACUAAUGAAAAACUUAUCAGCGUUUCAAAUUCCAUUUCACCCAAAACUGAUGAAGCACCAAAGAAAAGAAGAGUUCAAAUUACAACAUUGAUGUCCAAAAAAUAGCGUAGAAAAAAAAUAAUUUGUUAAAAUGUGCUCCCCUUUUAUGUGUCAUUGUCUUAAAGUGCAUGAGUUUUGCUUCAUCUGCUGUCAGCCUAAAACCAGGCUUUUUAAACACAUGCUGUGAUGAACCUUAUCAUUUUAUAUGUUGUGUGCCAGCAUUAGAAAAGAAGUAAUUAACUUAGAUCAAGUAAAUUUUGUGCAUUUCAACCAAAGAUUUGAAGUACACAAUUUCAUGGAUGUGUAAUAGACUUUCUUUAACACUGCUUAAAAAUAUUAAAAUAUUUAAAAGAAUAUUAACUGAAUUGAAUUUCAAGAUUUAAAUUAUAGUUCAAAACUUUUAGUGCGGUAGGGUUUGUAAUCUUUCAAAUGUGACACCGCUGCAGUUUAUCUGAUCACUAUACUGAGUUAAUGUAAUGAACAAUUUACAACUGAUGAGAUUUUAUUUUAAUACUGCGAAAUAAUUAAAUAUAACCAAACCUAGGGUGCACAUUUACGUCAAACUGUAAGUUUCUAUUUGUUAAUACUAUGGCUUAACAUUUUCAGGGGCAAAUUUUUUUAUUUUUUUCUUACAGAAUUGAACUUGCCUGCGGGUAAUGGUCUCAAAACUGUAAAGUUGUAAACUUGUACAGCUAGAAUUUAUAUUCUAUUUUUUAAAUUGAUUUUGCAUCUCUGACACUAGUGACUGAAUUAAUCAGAGCUGUGUUCAAAAGUUGGUGGAAUUAAUUUUUUUUUAAAAAGUAGAUUUGAUAGCUUUUCAGGAAGUGGUAGCAUGUUUGAUGGUUCAUUUAAUUUAAUACUCGAAAAAUUGAAAAGAAAAAUAUAUGUCAUCAACAUAAAAUAUUCUGUCAUUAAUUUUGUUUCUUUUUACCAUUUUCUCAUGACAAAAUCUCUGCAACACCUUAGAAGUUAAGCAUUAAUAAUUAUUAUAUACAUUCACACUUAUUAAAAUGCAUUUAUAAACAAGUAGAAGUAUUACCAAAAAAAGCCAGCUCUUUAACUUCAUGUUCUCUCUUGCCAGUUUGUAUUCUGUUUUAAAAUUUUUGAGUAUAAUAUUAAUAAUAAUAAUAAAAUGGAGAUAUAUUCCUCAGAUACAUUUUAAACAAUGUACCUUGAACCUCUUU